UUCUCUGUUAUCUUUGACUGGAUGUUGAACGGCACAGUUGUAUCCGUACUCUCACGCCUUUGCUAGUAGUAUUUUCUAAGAGCAGAUGUGUGGGUUUCAACUUUCAAGCACAUUUCCUCCACUCUCCGUAUCAGGUGUUCUCUCGCCGGUGAGAGAGAGUGGUGGAAUUUUCAGUUUCAUUUCCAUUUUCUUGGAAAUGCUUCUCUUUCGUGCUCUGAUGGGUUCAUUUUCUUGAUAAGGUUGGAACAAGAUAUUCCCUGAUUCCUGCUUUCACUCUUUAAGUAUGACACUUCCUGGAUCAAAGGUCUGGCAUUCAGUCAUGCCUCUUCCUUUACGAAGCAAAUCAGUUACCCAUCUUCGCAUGUUCCCAAAGGCGAAGUCAAUGGACUAUGAUCCAGGCAGAACGCAUGUGUAUCUCAAUGUCUAUGACUUGACGCCUGUCAAUGGUUAUUUCUAUUGGGCAGGCCUCGGUGUCUUCCACACUGGCGUUGAAGUUCAUGGGGUAGAAUAUGGUUUUGGAGCCCAUGACUAUCCAACAACUGGUGUCUUUGAGGUUGAACCUCGGAAAUGCCCUGGCUUCAAGUUCAAAAAGUCAAUAUUCAUGGGAACAACAUACUUGGAUCCUUUCCAGUUUAGAGAGUUCAUGGAGUAUCAGUCCUCAAAUUACAACGGCGUUACAUAUAACUUGAUUGUGAAGAACUGCAACCAUUUCUGUGAGGAUAUAUGUUACAAGCUUACGGGAAACAGGAUACCGCAAUGGGUAAAUCGACUAGCAAGAAUAGGUUCGCUUUGCAACUGGAUACUCCCUAAAGCCCUUAAAGCUUCUGCCGUGCGGCACGACCCAAAUUUCCCAGUCUAUGACAGUGAAAAUAAGAGACUGACAAGGUCUUUCAGUUGCUUCUCAUCCAUUUCAAUGCACCAGAGGGAGAGGCAGGUGUCGAUAUCCUCGUUGUUUUUACACACCCAUUACAAAGGCUGCUUACCUCCUUGGGAGGUCAAGAAAUCGCAAAAUGGUUCCUCAAAAGAGUGAGGACAUUUUGUGGAAUUCCAAUUUUUUCCUAACACGGGCCUUGUCUUUCCUCGCUAGGACGGUAAAAUACUCUUUUGCUUCUCUGUAAUUGCAGAAUGAUGCUUCUUGUCCAUUUAAGAUUGAAUUAUGGUGGACAAAACUUUUGAUGUGCAGAAUCAUAGUUUGGUAGUAGAAGAAAGCAGAUGCACAGACAUGGGCUGUUGUAUAGGUUAUUGUUCUAGGAAAUAUGUUCGACUCUCUAUUCAUUUGGCACCUCAAUUACUUCUGAGAUUUUGUUUUUUGGGGCAUUAA